UCAGGCAACGCAGGACAAAGUCAGUGGAGUCAGUCCGUCUUUCUCCACCAUGCAGCCAACAACUCGACUCACAGCCCGGCAGUAACAAGUGUUUCCAAAGCGGCCAGUGUUUACGCGAGAAGAUUGUGCGUAAAGAGCGAGGACAAACUGUGCGUCAUUUUCCCGUUUUUUCCUGGAGUGAAAAAGCAGUCGGGGUUGAGCUUUUCCUGGAGGAUUUUUUAUUUAUUUUUUACUUUAAGAGGAGUAUUUUGGUCACAGAUUUAUUACCGACAUGGAGUACACGUCGUCCCCGAAACCGCAGCUCUCAUCCCGGGCAAAUGCUUUCUCCAUAGCCGCCCUGAUGUCCAGUGGGAAGCCCAAUAAGGACAAGGAGACGGAGGAGAACACCAUCAAGCCUCUUGAACAAUUUGUGGAGAAGUCUUCCUGCACGCAGCAGUCUCUCGCGGACCUGUCCUCCCUGGAUGGGCACGGGGACUUCAGCGGGAGCGCGCCCGCGGUGUGCACGGAGCCGCUCAUCCCUACCACUCCCGGAGUCCCGAGCGAGGAGAUGGCGAAGAUCUCGUGCACCCUCGAGACCAAAGAGCUGUGGGAUAAAUUUCACGAGCUCGGCACCGAGAUGAUCAUCACCAAGUCUGGAAGGAGGAUGUUCCCCACCAUCCGGGUCUCUUUCUCCGGGGUGGAUCAGGACUCCAAGUACAUCGUGUUGAUGGACAUCGUCCCGGUGGACAACAAGCGCUACCGGUACGCUUACCACCGGUCCUCCUGGCUGGUGGCCGGCAAGGCGGAUCCUCCUCUGCCUGCCAGGUUGUACGUGCACCCGGACUCCCCGUUCACCGGAGAGCAGCUCGUGAAGCAAAUGGUUUCCUUCGAGAAAGUGAAACUGACGAACAACGAGCUGGACCAGCACGGACAUAUCAUCCUGAACUCCAUGCACAAGUACCAGCCUCGGGUCCACAUCAUCAAGAAGAAGGACCACACCGCCUCGCUGCUCAACCUCAAGUCUGAGGAGUUUCGCACCUUCGUCUUCGUGGAGACCGUCUUCACCGCCGUCACAGCCUAUCAGAACCAGCUGAUCACCAAACUGAAGAUCGACAGCAACCCGUUCGCCAAAGGUUUCCGGGACUCCUCGCGGCUGACCGACAUGGAGAGGGAAAGUGUUGAGAAUCUGAUCCACAAGCACUCGUACGCCAGGUCGCCAAUCCGAACCUACGCCGGAGACGAGGAGAACAUGAGCGAGGAUGGACUCAGCGCACACUCCAGAGGCUCAGCGUUCACCGCCUCAGACAACCUCUCCCUGAGCUCCUGGGUCACCACCACCUCAGGUUUCUCUGGCUUCCAGCACCCACAGUCCCUGUCGGCCAUGGGCGCCGGCUCCCUGCCUCACCCCAUCCAGGGCUCCCUUCCCCCCUACAGCCGGCUGGGCAUGCCGCUGACGCCCACCGCUCUGGCAGGAAGCAUGCAGGGCAGUGGGCCGUCCUUCCCCUCCUUCCACAUGCCCCGCUACCACCACUACUUCCAGCAGGGGCCUUACGCCGCCAUCCAGGGACUGCGGCACUCCUCCACGGUCAUGACGCCCUUCGUAUGACUCCGUCCUUGGGGAGGAGACGGCCAAUCUUCACCUCAACGCUCCAGUGAAACCAGUUAUCCCUCCACUCCGGCUCAUCACUCCUCAUCCCGUUUGUACCUUUCCCCCUGGUCUGUGUAAAUAGUUUAGUGAGCGAGAUGAAGAGGAUCUGGCGUUCCGAUCCUGAGGGGAAAAAAAGGACCGUGGCGACUCAUGUUUCUACAAACGCUUUACUGACAUUGUACAGACAACCUCAAAACAACCUAAUAACUUAAAUCAGGACAAGACAGGAAGCAUGUUUGGUUUUGAACCUUGAAGAACAGAAAGUGGAUGCUCACUUUAAAACUCAAUUGACAGACGCUCUACACCAGGCUUUACAGACAAAAAAGGAGAAGACAUACUUUAUCAAUCCCUGAAGCGGGAAUCCAUAAGGCAGGUUCCCGGUGAUCUUUGCCAACCUAAGCUGAGGAUUUUGGAGAGACUCCCCUGAUGCUGCAGUAUGUUGGACACUGAGGACAUUGCAGCGUACCAGACUCUCAGCUUUUUCUCUGUUUUAUAGAAAGUCAGCCAUAUGUACAGCUCAAACUCCCCACUCUGUUCAAAAUAACUGUCUGAAACACGUGUUAAAAUGCAUUGUACAAAGAUGAAAAUGCAACAUUUACUCCUAGGUAAAUCCUCACUGUAGAUUGCUAAAAAGAAAUAUUCAUAGGACGCAUGCUGACCGCAGUAGAAACACGCUGGGGAAACUUUAUAUGGAAUAUUAUGGGAUGAAUAAGCUCUUUCCUGCAACAGGGUUACGGCUCUUUGUGUGCUUUAAAGGCUUGGUCACACCAGAACAAAAAACCCAAACAAAAUCCUUUAAUUUCAACAAAAUCGGCAGAUAACUCAGAAUGAUAUUACUGCAGUAAAACAGGAACCAAUGACCAAUAGCAAACUGUCCCCACAGUGCUUAGUAGCAAGAGUCAGAUCAAUCAAAAAUGUUGGAAACUAGUAUAGCUUAUUAUUUAUUUAUAUGAAAAACAUAAUCCCUUCUACCUCACUCUCAAAAAAGUAGCUCUGAUGUUUGGUUGAAAAACUCCUGAUUAUAACUACCACAAAUUCCUUCAUUUUAACCCUUUAAAUAUUUCAUUUCACCCAGGUUUAUGUUGUGGAAUUUACUGGUGUGACUGGGCCUUAAUUAAGAGGGAUUCAAAUACACAAUAUGUUUAAAUAAUCAAUUUUAAAGAAGUCAGAUUUUACUCCACUGGCGAUAAAUGAGUUUUCAUCUGGGCGUUAGGGGCUUUAAUUUAACCUCAUCAAUCAUGCAUUGAAAUCUCUUUUAACGUCCAGGAACAUUUGAAGGGUAUCAGCAGGUUGUGUGUGAAACAUCCCUCUGUUCCCGUCUGUGGACUGCAGCCCGUUAGCAGUCUGUUAGCAGCCUGUUAGCAGACCGUUAGCAGCCCGUUAGCAGUCUGUUAGCAGCCUGUUAGCAGACCGUUAGCAGUCUGUUAGCAGCCUGUUAGCAGACCGUUAGCAGCCGGUUAGCAGUCUGUUAGCAGCCGGUGUUAGCAGCCUGUUAGCAGCCCGGUAGCAGUCUGUUAGCAGCCUGUUAGCAGACCGUUAGCAGACCGUUAGCAGUCUGUUAGCAGACCGUUAGCAGUCGGUUAGCAGUCUGUUAGCAGCCGGUGUUAGCAGCCUGUUAGCAGACCGUUAGCAGCCCGUCAGCAGUCUGUUAGCAGCCGGUGUUAGCAGCCUGUUAGCAGACCGUUAGCAGCCUGUUAGCAGCCGGUGUUAGCGACGUGAUUCAUGGCUUUAGCAGAGCGUCCUCACCUGGGAAUAAUGGCUCUGUGCUCUCUCAUUUAAAACCAGCAGGCUAGAAAAGAAAAGUGGUGACUUCCACUCAUUAACAGUGCGGUGCAUAAAAAUGGCAACUCACUGGUGGAGUAAUUUAUUUAAAGGAUAUGAAGAAAUACAAGUUACACAGGUGACAUGGUCGUACCUGGAACAAGAAUUAAUACUGCUGUUUUGGAAACAUUUUAUUAGGAUGUCACAUUUUAAAUCAAGCAGAUCUGCAGCAAAAACUCUCCAUCUCUUCAUGUCAAAUGAAUCCUAGAAACUACAGACAGAUCAGUAUGCAUAUGACCGCCUCUGCAUGACAACAAAGUGCAGAUGUUACAGAGCCUACGCCAAACUAUAUUUAAGGUUAUUUAGAAAUUGUUUCAUUAAUGCAUUGUUUGUCCCAGAAGAGAGAACAAAUUGCGUUGGUGCUGCAAAAGCUCAAAAAAACAAUUGCAAUGGAUUCAUCUGCAGAUGGUAGUUUGUCUUAUAAAUUGUCUGAUAGGUCUAAACCCCCCCAAAUAUUCAAUUUGUUGUCAUAUGUCAACACACUUGUUUUAUCACAAGGACUAAUUUCUAAAAAGUUAGGUACAAUAUAGAUGUUAAACAACUUCAAAUAAUGUUCCUACAGGCAAAAAUGUGACUUUUUCGAACACAAUAUCGCACAAGAUAUGUAGUUCCGGGGGAGGGUUUUUGCAGUCAGGCUGUGAUGAUUUAUGCUAAAAGAAAAAAAAAAUCCAAAGUCACAAUUCAAUAAGUAUUUGGACUUGUUGCAUCAUGGGAGCAGCAUUUCGAUGCAUCAGAAAUUAGAUACCCUGUUGAUUCAGGUGUGUGUUAUGGACGAUUAAGAUGUGUUGUAUGCUUCUCUGUGCAGGAUUCAAAAUCUGUUUACACAAACACUGUUACUAUUGUCACAUUUUUCACAUCAUAUGAAGCCAGUUGAAGUUGAAUAUUGACCUAAAUAUUCUCUUCUGACCCCUUGCAUAAUUUGUGUUGUGCAAGCCAUUCAUUUAACCUCAUUUGUUCAUUAAGGACGUCUCCUACUUUGACCGAUGUGCAACAUGAGUUUGUCUGACCGAUGUGUCCAUGACCUGAAUGUUAACACCAUCAGUGUAAAUGUAAAAUACUUGUUUCCCCCCUCUGAACCGUACGCACAGCCCCCCUUUUACCACUGAGAAUAAUCUCUUUUUUUUAAAACAUGAAAAAGUUUUCUUUUGUAUGCCAUGAUAUGUCACCGAACGAGAUUGUGUUUUGAUGAUUUUUAAGUGCAAUAUAUUUAUUUUGCUCUCUGGAAAUGAAAUGUGUAAUGUACUAUGCCGCAUUUAAAAAAAAAAAAAAGUUAUUUGUAAACAUUGAG